GGAGUCAAAGUGUAACACGGGGCCAUCACAGCCGCUGCCAACCACCAAAACCAACAUGAAGACGGGCAAAUCCAUCGUCAGAAAGAUCCACGGGGCCAUUUCUAUACGCAACCGGUGGGCGCGGGAGGCGUUGGCGGAAUUAUUAGCCACGUUUGUCAUGAUGCUCUUUGGUUUAGGCGCCGUGGCCCAAGUGGUUCUGGGAAAGAAGCAGUUCGGACAGUAUCUGAGUAUUAACCUGUCCUUCGGCUUUGGGGUCACCAUGGGAAUCCACGUCGCCGGAGGGGUGUCUGGCGCUCACAUGAAUUGCGCGGUUUCCCUGACGAACUGUGUUCUGGGGCGGCUACCGUGGAGAAAGCUCCCCGUUUACGUGAUGGCGCAGAUGCUCGGGGCCUUCCUGGCGGCGGCCGUGGUGUUUUGUCUGUAUUACGAGGCUCUGAACAAUUAUACUGGAGGAAACUUCACAGUGAGCGGCCCCUUGGCCACCGCUAGCAUCUUCGCCACGUAUCCCGAGCCCUACCUGACCAUCGGCGGGGGCUUUCUUGACCAGGUGAUCGGCACCGGAGCGCUGCUGUUGUGUAUCUUGGCCAUCAAUGAUAAGAAGAACAGCCCUGCCUUGGACGGCACCCAUGCCCUGCUGGUUGGACUCCUCGUCACGGUCAUCGGGAUGUCCAUGGGAAUGAAUUCGGGAUACGCCAUUAAUCCGGCCAGAGACCUCGGCCCUCGCGUCUUCACCGCCAUGGCUGGCUGGGGAAUGGAGGUUUUCAGGGCUGGCAAUUACUGGUGUUGGGUCCCCAUAGUUGCUCCUUUGGUUGGUGGUCUGACCGGCGCGUUUCUCUACCAGCUGUUGGUUGCUUUGCACCACCAGCCCAAAGAGGAGGACAAGAAGAUGCAUGAGAUGGAGAAAGGGAACUUGGAGAACAUGGCUUCCGAAUACAUGUGACUCUCAGAAGAGCAUGGAUGAUCCUAAGACUGAUGUUGCCCACGGGGGUAUCGAUGAGGGUCAUCGUGCAUCACAAAGACUUCUCGGAGCUUUUGUUAGACAAAUAGAUAUAAUACCAGUAUAAGUUUACUAUAAUCCCAUUACAAUCCAUCUCCUGUGAUCCCCAUUCAUUUGGCUAGAACCUCAUGUCCAGACCAUCUGAAAGGGGUCAAGGCUCGUCAUACGGACA